CUGCAAAGGCAGAAUCACUUGCCACCAGCAGGCUAAAGGUUAAACAAGUAAAUGUCCACAUGUGUGCACAUGUGUGGAACAAAAUAAAUUGUUUCCACUGAUUCACUGUUAUUCAUACCCGCUUUAAAUGGCAUUUCUCUUGUCAUAUUUAGUCUUAAAAUGGUAUAUGUUUCAUAAGAUAACACAUUGUUGACAUACUUAACUUAAAAACCUGAUCAUGUUAGGAAGUAUAUAAAGAAUGUCAAUUAUUUCUCUAAACAAUACACCUACCCACAAAAGAUAAGCAAAAUUUGAUAUGGUGCUUUGUUUGAACGGGUAUAUAAGUCCAUUUGUCCUAUAAUGAGAUAGAAUUAUAUUAGCAGAAUGGGAGAAACGUUUUGAUAUUUAUCUUUAUUUUUAUGAUAUCUAUAUAGAUGAGACUGAAUUGAGUGAAAUCUGCAAAAAUGAAUUGUUUUGAUCAGAAGAAGAUUACUAAAAAUUUGAUGAGUAUACAGAGGGCAUUAAAAGACGAUGUUAAUUAUAUAACCGACAAACUUUAUGAACAGAAAGUGUUCUCCAGUGAAGUCCGGCGGGAAAUACAAGAAAUGAAAUGUCGUCUGCCUCAGUUACAGUGUGCUGUUUUUGUCAAUCACCUGUUGCGUAGUGGAAAAGAUUCUUACAAAACAUUCAAAAAUAUUUUAAUUGAUAUGGGACACCAUGAAAUUGUUUCUGCCAUGGAAAAUUCUGGACCUACUGCAAAUAUUGUGCAGUGGACAGAAGAAAGAGGGAAAACAUUUGUUUUGCCAGAUCUAAAAAUUCCAGACAGAAUGAAGAAACAAGGGCGGAUAGAUGAGAAUGAUAAGGAAAUGCUGUCUGUAGACAGUAAGAUGGAGGAUGUCCAACAACUAGAGAGACUUGCAACUUUUGUCCUCACUAAGCUGGACUGCAAAAAUAAAAACAAUAACACCGUAAACUUUAAUAAAGAGUUGAAACAAACGUUGGAAGAGGUAUCGGAAGGAAAUGAGGAGUUGAACGGAUUGUUUAAAACACUGAACUUCAACAGGUUUUCUCUUACGAGCGAGAGUCUAGCUCACUGAAAUAUCUCGUCAAAGAGGUUAGACGAGGAUUUAUCAGCCAGAAUGUACUUCUGGAACCAAACUGGAAAAUUAGACUCAAAAGUGAUUUGAUCUGUGCUAGUGGUAACUCCGAAGAAAAUCAGAAGAACUGUUACUUCACACUGAAUAUUCAGCUGUAAGCACUGUUUAAAACCUUGAAAGAAAGUUUGAAUUUUGCCAGCUAUUUAGUGCAGAUUUAUUCACUACAAAUGGUGCUUGACAAGUGCUCAACAUUUUGUGACAGCAUUACGGUCCUUGAACAACUGAAGAACGGAAUUCCAAUAAUUUUACUACCCACGAAGAUAUGAAAACUGUAUACCAAAAUGUAAUCAAAAUGCUACUUGAUACCGUGCUUUGUUUAAUUAGGUGUGAAGUUUCUUUGUCAUAAAACAUAAACUAUUUUAAACAAUUACAAUUUUAAGAUUUGCGCCAAUAUUUACUAUUUAGUAUAUUAAUAAUUAGAAAAAGUUAAAGCUUAUUAAAAGCAUGAUUAUCUACCACAAUAUCUUGCAAAUAUAAUCAUGGAAUUUUCAGUGCCAUAAUACAGACUUGUGACUCAAACAUAUUUCAUUGGUAAUGAAUGUCUGAAAUGAUUGCACACCUAAUUAACCUACAAUUUUGAUUUAGUGCCAGUACUAUAAAGAUCUAUAUUUUAAAUUCUUCAUAUUUCUACGAUUCUUGUUCAUUAAAUAUAUAAUUUAUAAAUUUGUUUUCAGUAUUGCAAUUAAACCAUUCCUUGUUAUCAUUCCA